AUGGUUCAGCAUGCGGCUCCUUCUCCCGCUGCGGCCCCUCAUCUUCCUCACGACUUCCCAGACAUUCCCGAGCCUCAUGUCGCUCCAGGAGUGAUGACUGUUGCACAGCUGGUGCAACAGCCAGGUCGUGACCAUCUCCCUUAUCUCACUCUGUAUCCUAGGGAAGCAGAAGUCCCAAAGUGGAUCAACAUGACCACUUGGGAGGAGUUGUGUGUCCAUUGGGACAAGGACUCGACGAAGCAGGUCUCUAACACCAACUCCGCCAACCGCAAGAGCGAUCGUGGCGGGAAGGGCAUGUACAAGCACAAUUUGGGUGCUCAGUCUAUUCCCACUCUCGCAGACAAGAUGGCGCAAGAAAAUGAAGGUGAGCCCGUGGGUGAUUUCCCUUUGUACAAGAGGAUCCACACCAACAAGACCACGGGCCAGAUUGAUGACGGUCUUGCGCAGGAGGUUGUCUCCCUGGUGGACAGUAUGACACAAGACGAGGAGGCCCGUCUCUCCCAGAUCCAGGCCGAUCUCGAUCUUGACGCCACAUCUACUGAGUCCACUGCCCUCUCUCAAGUCCGAAUCAACGAGCUUCUUGAAUCGGCGAUUCCAAAGAAGAAGGGACGUUUGGUCGGUUUGGGUCGUCGAUCCAAAUCGGUUCCUCCUACGUCUCAGGUGCCAGUUGAUCCUACUCUGAUGGAUCAACUGAAGGAUAAGGAUGAACGCAUCCGUCAGUUGGAGGAGAAGAUGGCGGCUCAAGAGAGAGCUAGAGAGGCAGACAGGAGGCGGAGUGAGAAGAUGAUGGCGGCCUUCAUGAGGCAAUUCCCGGACCAGAACUUCGACGUCGACGAGGACGAGUAG